AUGGCGGCAGCAGACGUGGCUCCCCAGUUUGGGACAGAGCUAAAGGAUAACUUUAAACCAGUCAACGCUUGGGUAUCGAAUGGCAUCUCAUGGUUGGAAGAAAUUCAACAAUUCUAUCGCGAGCGCAGCGCUAUCGAAAAAGAAUACUCCGCCAAGUUAAGCGCUCUGAGCAAGAAGUACUACGACCGCAAAUCGAAGAAGAUUAGCCCGCUGAGCGUUGGCGACACGCCUACCUUGACCCCGGGCUCGCUCGAGAGCGCCUCCCUGACGACAUGGACACAUCAAUUGAAUGCGGUUGAAGCCCAUGCAGCCGAACGAGACAAAUUCGCAACCGACUUGGUUGCGCAGGUGGCGGAACCCCUCAAACAUGCGGCAACUCAGUACGAAGAGAUCCGCAAAUGCCAUGUCGACUACCACGGGAAACUUGAGAAGGAGCGGGACGCGUCAUAUGGGGAGCUUAAGAAAGCAAAGGGCAAAUACGAUGGAUCUUGUCAGGAGGUCGAAUCUCGACGUAAGAAAAUGGAAUCAGCUUUUGACCAUGGUAAAGCCAAGGCGCAGACCGCAUAUCAACAACAAAUAUUGGAAAUGAACAAUUACAAGAAUCUGUAUCUAAUUAGCAUCAACGUCACGAAUAAGCUGAAGGAACGGUUCUUCCAUGAAUAUGUUCCUGAAGUAUUGAAUGGGUUGCAAGAUCUCAAUCAAACUCGAGUCAAGCGGUUGAACGCUCUAUGGACUCUUGCUGGUCAAUUGGAAAAGUCAUAUCUUACAAAUAGUGUGAAUCACACUACAAAUCUUCUCAACGAGAUCCCUCGCAACGAUCCACGCCUCGACUCAAUGAUGUUCCUCCAACACAAUGUUACUCAAAGCCAAGAACCCGGCGAUACGACUUUCGAGCCCAGCCCUGUAUGGCAUGACGAUGCGACAAUCAUCAUCGAUGAGGCUGCCAAGGUCUUUCUACGAAAUGUGCUUGGUAAGAGCAAAUCAUCAGUUCGUGAGCUGCGGGUCGAGGCGGAUAAGAAGAAACGUGAAGUGGAGACUGGCCAAAGAGUCCGAGAAAACAUUCAACAGGGUAAAGACAACCGCAAUGAGGUUGAUAUUGUCCGAUCCAUUUUCUAUUUGCAAGAAACCUUGCAUGAGGUGGAGCGUAAAUGGCUGACAGCUGAGGUGGAAACAUCCACUAUCAUAUCCGUGGCCGGCGACUUGUCCAUGGGAGCCAAGAAUCACAACUUUAGGUCCCAAACUUUCAAGAUUCCUACCAACUGUGAUCUCUGCGGAGAGCGCAUAUGGGGCCUCUCCGCGAAGGGAUUUGACUGUCGGGAUUGUGGGUACACUUGUCACAGCAAGUGUCAAAUGAAGGUGCCAGCAGAGUGUCCUGGCGAACAGACCAAGGAGGACAAGAAGAAACUCAAGACUGAGCGCCAAGAACAAGCUGGCGCUGUGCCAACCAUCGACUUGGAAUCAUCUGCGACUUCUGCGGCUGCUCCCCCGAUCAGUAUCGGCCUCCAAUGUCGCGACCCAGCCUACCCCGAGAGUCCUGCGGAAGCACCCCCUGAGCCAGUUGCAGAGACUAAACCUGCCGCUGCGAAGAGGCAUCGAGUGUUGGCUCCACCUCCGUCGGCUUAUACUGCGCCACCUGUCAGCGCCCCCAGUCCUUCCAAGUCAAGCGAUCCAAAGGGCAAGAUGCUCUAUGCCUACCAGGCCACUGGUGAUGACGAAGUAACCGUUCAAGACGGGGACAAUGUGACAAUCGUCGAGCCUGAUGAUGGAUCGGGCUGGCUACGCGUUCGAGCGGGCUCUCAAGAGGGACUAGUCCCAUCUGCCUAUGUCGAAGCCGCCCCAACCCCCUCCCCAGUUCCAUCGGCUAGCCCUGGACUUCCCGAAAGACCCGGAUCGACCUACUCUAAUUCAUCAGCCUCCCUGGCGGGUAGCAUCGCCAAUAAACGCGUCGGGCCCGCGGUUGCGCCCCGCAGAGGUGCCAAGAAGCUACAGUAUGUGGAGGCUUUGUACGACUACGAAGCGCGGAGUGACAUGGAGUGGACCAUGACUGAGGGCGAUCGCUUUGUCCUGGUUACUCGGAAUGGUGGGGAUGGGUGGGCCGAUGUCGAGCGCGGUGGAGUUACGAAGAGCGUUCCAGCGAACUAUAUCCAGGAGGUGUAG